AUGAUCCAGCUGGGACCUCGUGCUAACCCCGCAGGUGCAGUAACCGCCAACAAGGACGACGCGAACGACGGCGACGACGAGUCGGUCGUUUCGACCGAACCGGAGGGCGGUGACACUGGGGAAGAGACGUCGACGCGUGCGAUCCUGGGCUCAACAAAGGAGACGCAGACGACGACGGCGGCGCCCGUUUCGACCCCGACCUCUCCUUCGCCUUUGUCCGGUGGCACGUCGGGAUCAUCGGCAACCUCGACAACCUCGAUAGCCUCGACGAGUCCUCGACGCCUUCGUUCGAGCUCGGCACCCGGCAACCGACGUGUCACCCGGGCGGGAUCCGCCAUGAUCCUCGGUGCAUCAGGGGGUGAUGGCUCAGGGGGUCACAGGUCCAAGGUGACCGAAUUCGAGGGGGGCGGCGCUGAACUGAUUUAAUCAUGAUUGAGUCACUCACCGUGUUGACGUUCAACGUCCGAUCGAUGAAGAACGCAGUCAACCAAGUCAAAAUCAUCCGUUAUCUCAAAACCCUUCGGCCGGCCCCUGCGGCCAUCCUCCUGCAAGAGCACCACCUCAGCUACAACGCGUCGCGCGAAGGCUUCGAGAGUGCUUGGCCGGGGGCUUGUAUUCGUUUCACUCCUCAUGUCCUUACCCUCAUACCCGAUGGCUCACCUUUGGCGGGCCAUCUCCUUUCCUCUACCCCGGUCGUCUUUGCAGGAGCUCCUCGUUUCGACGGUCGGAUUCUGCACUCGGUGUUUCGUCUUGAGGAGCUCGAUGUCGAGAUCAUCAACAUGUACGCGCCGGUGCAGGAGGACGAUCGUCGCGACUUUUUCGGGCUUCUGCACUUCAGCGCCCCGAGACCCAAGAUUCUUCGGAUCUUGGCCAGCGAUCUCAAUGAUUGUCCGGAUGUAUUGGUCGACCGAGUGUCCAUCACCGAUCGCGCUUGGACUCCUGUAUCGCACUGGCAGACCUUGCUGUCAAAGAUCGCGUUCAAGGCACUCGACACGGUCCGACAUGUCCAUUCUUGCACCCCUGCAUUCACUCGUCCUCACUACCGUGGUAGAGGGGAAGAGCGAAAGAUUUGCUCGUGGUCGCGGAUCGACUAUAUUCUUGUCCAAUGCAGUUGGGCGAACCGGUUGUUGAGCGCUUCUACGCUCUUCGAUGCGCCCUGUUCGGACCACAGACCUGUAGUUGCGACUUUCGCUUUGCCUACAUCGAACGCUGAUGCCGAACCCCCCCUUUCUCUUCCCUCCACGAGCGAUUUCAUUUCGAGGCUCAACCCAAUGGUCUUUAACGAUCAAGACUUUGUCGCAUCGAUUCCCGGGGUCGUCGACGAGGUCUAUCGAAGGCUCGAGGGGACCACUCCGCUCGGCGACGUCUAUGACGCCGCUCUGCGGGCGGUUGCAGUCGCUGGCCAUGCACGAUACCGCUCGACUCGUGCCGACAUGCGCCGACUGCGGGCCGAGAGCCAAUCCGUCAUGGAGGCUUUGGAGGCACGCGGUGAGCACAUGAAUGAGGCCGAGCGCGAUGCGUAUGCUCAUGCCAAGUCGCGGUUGGACCAGUUGGCGGUAAAGGAGGCUCAGUGGCUGCGCAUUCGUGCGCAUGUGCCGUCAGUCGACUCGAGGGAAGGUCAAUCGGCAAGCAUUCGCACGCGCCUCAACCGCCGGAGUCGCCAGACGAGCAUCGUCUCGCUGGAGGAUGUGGAUGGCACCGAGACCGUUGACAUGCAGGAGGCGCUGGGUAUUGCUUCACGGCACGCGCAGCGAAAUGCUACGAUGACGACCGCUCGGACCCUACGUUCGGUCGUCGGCUGCCUCGUCAAGCGAGAGUGGCGCUUGACGAGCCCUUCACCCUCCUCGAGGUUGAAGCGGCGUUGAAGAAGACGGAUUCGGGGCGAUCACCGGGGCCCUCGGGCAUUCCGUACGAGCUCUUCAAGGCGCUGCCAACCUACUUUGCUCCCAAGCUGUUGGACUUGUUCAACUCGAUUUGGGAGGGCGGCAAAAUGACGGUGUCCUUGGCAGAGGGGCUGGUGCGGCUCUUGCCCAAGAAUAAACCGGGGGCCAAUCUGAAAUCACUGGGGGCAUACCGACCGAUCACAUUGCGCGAGACGACCUACAAGGUCCUCAGCAAGGUCUUGGUGGCGCGACUCAAUGGGGUGCUCGGCGAGCUUUUGCCGCCGGCGCAACACGGUUUCAUGCCAUCAAGACGUUCAGCGGACGCGGGAAGUCAUCUCACUCUCCUUCUCGAAAAACUCAAGUCGCUAGGCACUGAUGUUUUCCCCGAGGGCGCCCUCUUGUCUUUGGAUCAGCAGAGCGCGUACGAUCGGGUCGAUCACGCCUGGAUCUUCGAGGUCUUUGAGGCCUUUGGGUUCGGUGAGCGUUUCAUCUCGCUGCUGCGCGCUCUCUACGAUCCCGAGACUCUGGGGGUGCGCUACCUUGUCAAUGGGUUCCCCACGGACUUGGUGCGGUUGCUGUGUGGUCUCGGUCAGGGGAAUCCCCUCUCGUGCCCGGUUUGGAACAUCACGUUCCAGCCCUUCCUCGACGCCCUCGUUCGGCGCGGGAUCGCGCUCGACCUGCAGAAGGUGUGGCCAGGGGGGCCGCAUGCGCAGCUUACGCAUCUGGCGUUUGCCGACGAUGCUGUGGUGGUGGUGGAGUCACCGGCGGCAUUGUCGAAGCUGCAAACGCUGUCGCAGACGUGGUACGAGGCUACCAACGGGAAGACCAACACGGACAAGACGCUGGUGCUACCACUCGGACCGAACUGGCUUCGGGACGAGACUGCGCAGGCGCUGCCAACGGUGCAGGAGGGGGAGAGCUUCAAGUGGUGCGGCUAUGCCUUCUUUCGCCACGGUGACUCGAAACUGUUUUGGACCCAUGUUCUUGACAGGAUCAAGGCCAAGGCCCGCGCCGCUCGAGACCGGACACUUUCGCCGAGUGGGAAGGUUUUCUAUGCCAACGCUCACAUCAUCUCGACGGUCCUCCACGUGCUGUCCUUCGACAUACCGCCUCAAUGGUUCAUUAAGGCGGCGGAGACGGCACUUACGGACUUUGUCUGGGGAGGAGCAGGGCGAAAUACCGUCGCUCGCGAUUUCGUGUUCCAGGCUCGGGAGGACGGUGGCUUGGGUUUGAUUUCGAUUGGCGACAUCGUUCAUUCGGUGGCGCUUCGAUUUUGGGAUGCUGUGGCGGGCUCGGACGAGGCGAUCUGGGCGCCCCUAGCUCGCGAGAGCUGGAGGUCCCUCGUCGCUGCGACCCGCGAUUUCAGUCCGUGGGGGUUCUUCAGCAGCACGGCUCGGGUCGAGAAGCUGUAUCGCGACUCGACGCGCUGGGGGGCAGUCGUUGCAGCGGCCAGGGUCACAGUUCCAACCAUCAAGUCCGAACUCCUUACGCUUCCCGAAUUGCUCUCGCUUCCGCCUCGCCUCCCUUCACUCUAUGCUGAAGGUGCCCAGCACGCAUAUGACGAUGCGGACGCGGUGGCGAAGUUUGCGCAGAUCGCGGACCUGUACUGGAGGGACGAAGGGAAGGGAUGGGCUCUGGUUGGUCAUCGACGCGGGUUCUGGCAGCACUCUAAGGAACCCGCCCUACAGCACGAGCACGUGUGGUCGCGCGUGGGUCAGUUGCUCAAGGCGAAAGCGUUGCUGCUCAAGACCGCGUUGCGACCUGCUCGGAUACCUCUCAAGGAGGCUCCCCGUCCUCGGUGCUUCAACUUCUUUGGGCUCUCCCGACCUUUUACAAUUCGCAAGCUUCGUCGGCUUGUGAACUAUGAAGGAACAAUAUACCACUGCACCAAAAGGCGAGGCACCUCUACUUCAGUGAGCGCAUAUUGUCCUAGAAGUGAGAUGGAGCGAAGUUCAACACCCCCCUGUGCGCGAAGCUGA